CAGGAGCGGCCGUAGCCGCGCGAGGGGCGGGGAGAGCGAGCGGCGAGCGGCGGCGGGGCGGCGGCGGGGCGGAGGGCGCCCGAGGGCGAGCGGGCAGGCGGGCGGGCACGGCGGGUUCCGGGCCGGCCCAGGGGCGGUCGGUUGGCCGGGCGCGCGGAGCCUCGCCGGGGCCUCGCCGGAGCCGGGACGGGCAGCAGGGCCGCCGCCGCCGCCGCCCGGGGCCGCCGCCCGCGCCCCCCACGCUGGCCCAGCGGGCCGCGGCCGCGCCGCCGCGGAGGAUGUCCCGGAAGGGGCCGCGCGCGGAGGUGUGUGCGGACUGCAGCGCCCCCGACCCCGGCUGGGCCUCCAUCAGCAGGGGGGUGCUGGUGUGUGACGAGUGCUGCAGCGUGCACCGGAGCCUGGGACGCCACAUCUCCAUCGUCAAGCACCUUCGCCACAGCGCCUGGCCCCCCACGCUGCUGCAGAUGGUGCACACGCUCGCCAGCAACGGGGCCAACUCCAUCUGGGAGCACUCCCUGCUGGACCCCGCACAGGUGCAGAGCGGCCGACGCAAAGCCAACCCCCAGGACAAAGUCCACCCCAUCAAGUCCGAGUUCAUCAGGGCCAAGUACCAGAUGCUGGCAUUUGUGCACAAGCUUCCCUGCCGGGAUGACGACGGGGUCACCGCCAAAGACCUCAGCAAGCAACUGCAUUCAAGCGUGCGGACAGGCAACUUGGAGACGUGUCUGCGCCUGCUGUCCCUGGGUGCCCAGGCCAACUUCUUCCACCCGGAGAAGGGCACCACGCCUCUGCACGUGGCUGCCAAGGCCGGGCAGACGCUGCAGGCCGAGCUGCUUGUCGUGUACGGGGCCGAUCCCGGCUCUCCCGACGUCAACGGCCGGACGCCCAUCGACUAUGCCAGGCAGGCGGGGCACCAUGAGCUGGCAGAGAGGCUAGUCGAGUGCCAGUAUGAGCUCACUGACCGGUUGGCCUUCUACCUCUGCGGACGAAAGCCUGAUCACAAGAAUGGGCAUUAUAUCAUCCCACAGAUGGCCGACAGAUCCCGGCAAAAGUGCAUGUCUCAGAGCCUGGACCUGUCUGAGUUGGCCAAAGCUGCCAAGAAGAAGCUGCAGGCGCUCAGCAACCGGCUUUUUGAGGAACUCGCCAUGGACGUGUACGAUGAGGUGGAUCGAAGAGAAAAUGACGCUGUGUGGCUGGCUACCCAGAACCACAGCACCCUGGUGACAGAGCGCAGUGCCCUGCCCUUCCUGCCCGUGAACCCCGAGUACUCGGCCACCCGGAACCAGGGGCGGCAGAAGCUGGCCCGCUUUAACGCCCGGGAGUUUGCCACCUUGAUCAUCGACAUCCUCAGCGAGGCCAAGCGGAGACAGCAGGGCAAGAGCCUGAGCAGCCCCACAGACAACCUCGAGCUGUCUGUGCGGAGCCAGAGCGACCUCGACGACCAGCACGACUACGACAGCGUGGCCUCGGACGAGGACACCGACCAGGAGCCUCUGCGCAGCGCCGGCGCCACGCGGAACAACCGGGCUCGGAGCAUGGACUCCUCAGACCUGUCUGACGGGGCGGUGACGCUGCAGGAGUACCUGGAGCUCAAGAAGGCCCUGGCCACCUCCGAGGCGAAGGUGCAGCAGCUCCUGAAGGUCAACAGCAGCCUGAGCGACGAGCUCCGGAGGCUGCAGAGGGAGAUCCACAAGCUGCAGGCGGAGAACCUGCAGAUCCGGCAGCCGCCGGGGCCGGGGCCCACGCCGCCCCUCCCCAGCCAGCGGGCAGAACACGCGUCCGCGGGGCCUGGCGGCAGCGCCCACCGCAGGGACCGCCAGGCCUUCUCCAUGUACGAGCCGGGCUCGGCCCUGAAGCCCUUCGGGGGCCCGCCCGGGGACGAGCUGGCCCCCCGGCUGCAGCCUUUCCACAGCACGGAGCUGGAGGAUGACGCCAUCUACUCGGUGCACGUCCCGGCCAGCCUCUACCGGAUCCGGAAGGGGGUUUCAGCCUCAGCCGUGCCCUUCACUCCCCCCUCCCCACUGCUGUCCUGCUCCCAGGAAGGAAGCCGCCACGCGAGCAAACUCUCCCGCCACGGCAGCGGCGCCGACAGCGACUACGAAAACACGCAGAGCGGGGACGCCCUGCUCGGGCUGGAGGGGAAGCGGUUUCUGGAGCUGGGCAAGGAGGAGGACUUCCACCCCGAGCUGAGCCUGGACGGAGAGCUGGACCCCGGGCUGCCCAGCACGGAGGACGUCAUCCUGAAGACGGAGCAGGUCACCAAGAACAUCCAGGAGUUGUUGCGGGCCGCCCAGGAGUUCAAGCACGACAGCUUUGUGCCCUGUUCAGAGAAGAUCCAUUUGGCUGUGACUGAGAUGGCCUCUCUCUUCCCAAAGAGACCCGCCCUGGAGCCCGUGCGCAGCUCGCUGCGGCUGCUCAACGCCAGCGCCUACCGGCUGCAGAGCGAGUGCCGGAAGACGGUGCCCCCGGAGCCGGGCGCCCCGGUGGACUUCCAGCUGCUCACUCAGCAGGUGAUCCAGUGCGCCUACGACAUCGCCAAGGCCGCCAAGCAGCUGGUCACCAUCACCACCCGGGAGAAGAAGCAGUGACCACUCUCCCGCACCCUCACCCACACCCUGGGACCUCACUGGCCAUGGAGAGGGGCCACUCCAGACACUACACCCACCCCGACAGCCGCUGGCGCCAAGUGCCCUUAGUGCUGCCACUCUCCCUGGCAGCCCGGCACCCUGGUGCCCGCCCCCUCCCGCCCCCAGGAUGGGGGGGAUGGCAGGGGCUCCUGUCCCCCACAUUCCAGGCACCUCCCCUGUACAUAGCGUCCCCCCCAGCGUGCAGGGGCCGAAAGGCGCCACUCCCAGCCCCAUGCCCUCCAGAGCCCCCUCAGCAAAGGGCCUGGUGGGGACACUCCAAGCGGGGCGCUUCCCCUUACAUGCAUCCCACCCCCAUGAGCCAGUUCAGCCCUCUUGGGGCUGAGUGGGGGCACCCCUCCUUUGUACAUAACCUCGUGGAUGUCCCCAUCCUGUAGCCACCAGCCCCCAUGCUGCUCUCCUUCCAUGCCAAACGGCCCCAACCUGUGCCCGGGGUCCCCAGCAGCAAACACUGGAAAACCUUUUUUCUUUUCUCUCUCCCCACCCUUAAUUUUAACAUCGUGGUAACUAAGUGUGAGUGCAUGGGGCGGCGGUGCCGUUCCAGAGGCCUGGUCCGCUUGGACUUUGUGAGGGUGAGGGGGCCAGAGCAGCAGGGUCAGUGUGGGCGUCAGCCCCCCUCACCCAUCCUGGGGCCAGGGACUGCCCAUUGCCUCCCUCAUCACUCCCACCACUGUACCCCUUCUCUAUAAACUUAAACGAAAACCACUCCCCUCCGUCUGCCCUUCCCCUCCCUGUGGAGGGGGGUGUGCUGGCUGGGGCAGAGCACUGAGCACUGAGCCUGGGGCUGGCUCCCUGGGGUCCCUGACUCAGCCGAGAGCCCCCCUAUAACCUCUGAGAGGCUAGCACCUGUGCCUGCGGCGUCCGGGCACCUGGAGCCCGGGCUGCAGCUGGGAAGGCUGGAGGCAGAUGGCAGCGCCCACCAGCUCUUCUCCCCUCCUGCCUCUGCCCAGGGGCCAGGCUCUACCUGUAUGGUGGUGGGUGGGCUGCUGUCAAGCUGUGUAUCCUGUACAUUUGUAUCAAAAAUAAAUAAGUGACCAUG